CGUUAAGCCGUAUACUGUUCAUUUAAUAUUUGUGUGUCACGUUCAAGUCUGUUCCCGACCCGCCAAUUGUCACCAAAGAAAUGGGCAUAUCGACAAUCACCUUGGACGCAGAGGUGCCCCCCGGGGGAUGCUUCCCAGCGUCAUUGGAUCGUCGUAUGGUUACACCCGCCAGUUAAAGAGGGAGCAUCGGUAUGGGUCUUCCUAUAUAAACCUUCGUGCUCGCAGUGUGAUACACCACCUCUCUGUCUGGUACUAGUCGAGCGCUGGUCGCUUGAACGCUUGCCUGGUGCACUCCAACAUCUCUAUUGUGCUGGUCACAUUAACACCUCGCCCAAUCCCGGGUAACAAUGACUCCCAACAACUCCAACCUCCUCUGCCUCACCGUCCUGGCACUCCUAGUGGCCGUCCAUGGCAUACCCCUCGCGGUCGGCACUGCCGACCUCAAUAGUACGAUGGAAGGUGGUUCGAUAACGCGUUCGGUGGAGGUGACCACGUUCAACCCCACAGCGGCUCCUGCUCCUUUAACUACCAACAAAGCGACCACGCCAAACACUCCCACCACAACGAAAACGCAAGCACCGACAACUACAAGCAAGGCGAUUACCACGACACCGCCGACUUCCACUGGAACUCUUAGUAGUACAACACGAACGUCGACGAGAACCGGGACAGCCAGCGAGUCGCCAACAACCACUUCAAGAGAACGCACUUUGAAAAUUCCCUCGCUCACCCUCGAGAAUCCGUACGCCACUGAUUCUUUGGACUACCCUUAUCCAACGAGGGAACCAACUGAAGACCCGGGAUUGUCUGAUCCUACAGAUGGAGAUCCAGCAUACGAAGGAGACGAGGGAGAAGGUCAAGACUCCAAUGGAGAUGGCGAAGUUGGCUCGUGUGACAUGGGGUGUGGAGGGGAAAACGAGGAUACUGAGACCGGUGGAGAAGAGAGCGGGGGAGUAUCAUCCACUUGAAACCUGUACUUUGAAAAAUGUACAAUUGCAAUUGAGUCUGAUUCUGU